ACUCAUCUCUCUCUCUCAUCCCUCUCUCUCUAGAAACAUGAAAACCCAAGUUGAAGAAAGGUUCUCAGACUUCUUUGAGAAAUGGGUCUGUCAACUGGAGCUCCAUCUCCAACUCCUCUUAAAGAUCUCCAAAGAAAGCUCAAACGAAUCAGAUUUCAAGACUGUUGUGGCCGAACUCACGGCCCAUCACAAGGAUUACUACACCGCUAAAUGGGCCUCGGCCCAUGAGGAUGUUUUGGCGUUUUUUGUUCCGGUGUGGUUGAGUCCACUCGAGAAUGCUUACCUCUGGUUCACGGGUUGGAAGCCGUCAAUGGCGUUCCAACUCGUCAACUCGCUCCGAGUGAGGGUUCCAGGUUCGAGCCUCGCCGAUAUGUCAGAGAGUCAGUUGAGGAAGGUGGAGGAGCUAAAGGGGAAGAUUAGGGUGGAGGAAGAGAAGGUGGAGAGGGAGAUGGAAAGGCAACAGGUGGCGAUGGCGGACCGCCGAAUGGUGGAGCUGGCGAGGCUGACGAGCAGAGUGAAGAGCGGCGGUGGUGGGGUGGCGGCGGAGGUGGAUGGGUUGGUGGAGGCGGCAGUGAAAGGGCUAUUGGGUGGGUUAGAGAAAGUGAUGAAAAUGGCAGAUUGUGUGAGGUUAAAGACUUUAAAGGGGCUGUUGGAGGUGUUGAAUCCGAUUCAGUGUGUGGAUUUCUUGGUGGCAACAUCGAUGCUGCAAAUUCAGAUGAGGAGGUGGGGGAGGAAGAGAGAGAGUAGUCAGAGUCACAGUAGUAGACGCCAUGAAAGCCAGAGCCAGAGCCAGAGCCACAGCGAGACCCGUGCUAUGGUGCAGUUUGUGUAGUAGUAUGUGUUUGGCUCUUCUUGUGUUGUAACUAGUUUGUGCUUUUGUUUUGUUUUGUUUUGUUGUGUUUCAGAAAUGUGUGUUUUUGUUUGGUUUUGGAACAAAGUGGUUUGUGUAUGUCAUAUAUCUCUGUAUUAUUAUAUAAUGCACACUGUUAU